AUGUCAGCUCACGGCGGUCAAGACGGCCAUUUCGAGCCUGUCAAGCAGGCCCAACAACAAUCUCUACCAGGAUCUGAGCAAGAGAUGAAGCCGACCAGCGAAUCUACCAAACUCGAAGGUGCAGAUGGGUUCGUGGAGUAUGUUCCUGCAGGAAAGCUCAAGGGUAAAAGUGCUCUGAUCACAGGUGGAGAUUCUGGUAUCGGUCGUUCAGUGGCCAUCCUUUUCGCGAGAGAAGGUGCAGACAUCACUAUAGUCUACCUACCAGACGAACAGCAAGACGCCGAAGACACUAAGAAAUCGGUUGAGAAGGAGGGAAAACAGUGCCUGCUCAUUGAUGGUAAUCUCAUGGACAAGGAAACCUGCCGCAAUGCAGUCCAGCAACACGUUGAUAAAUACGGCCAGAUCAACGUUCUCGUCAACAACGCCGGCAAGCAAGCCCAAUGCAAAGACUUUGCGGAAAUUGACCUGGACAUGGUCGAAUCCGUCUUCCGCAGCAACAUUCUCGCCAUGUUCGCCAUCACCAAAUACGCCGUUCCUCAUAUGAAGAAGGGCUCUUCAAUCAUAAACACCACAUCUACAGUCGCUUUCCGAGGUACCUCGAGUAUGGUUGAUUACGCAUCCAGCAAGGGUGCCAUAGUCGCUUUCACCCGCUCGCUGGCAAAAAACCUUCUACCAAAAGGUAUUCGAGUGAAUGCUGUGGCUCCGGGUCCAGUCCACACACCACUUCAACCUGCUUCGCGGCCAGCGGAGGAGAUGGAAGGUUUUGGUGAACAGAGCCAGCUUGGUCGUGUGGGACAGCCGAGUGAGAUUGCACCGAGCUUUGUGUUCUUGGCUGCGAAGGAUAGUGAGCUCUAUUACGGACAAAUCCUCCAUGCUUAUCCUCUGGGCGAUUAA